CCUGUGCACAUAACGGGCAGCGCGCACUCCGGGGCGGUUUCUCCAGAGCGCCAGCUGGUUCCAACGCGCACGGGGAGCCAGGAGCACCCCGCAAGCUGAGUGCAGGACGCAUCCCCAGCACAGCCAUCCCCCGGCCGCUGAAUGAGGCUUCCCGGCGUCCGCUCGCUGCCCGCAGCGCCGCGCCGGAGGUCCGCCCGCUGAGGCGCGGCCGGUGCGCCGGCAGCCUGUGCGCUCACCUGCCAGCCUGCGCGCCAUGGGGCAGCCCGGGAACCGCAGCGUCUUCUUGCUGGCGCCCAACGGCAGCCACGCGCCGGACCAAGAUGGCACGGAGGAACGUAACGAGGCGUGGGUGGUGGGCAUGGGCAUCGUCAUGUCGCUCAUCGUCCUGGCCAUCGUGUUUGGAAACGUGCUGGUCAUCACAGCCAUCGCCAAGUUCGAGCGUCUGCAGACGGUCACCAACUACUUCAUCACCUCCCUGGCCUGUGCUGACCUGGUCAUGGGCCUGGCGGUGGUGCCCUUUGGGGCCAGCCACAUCCUCAUGAAAAUGUGGACCUUUGGCAACUUCUGGUGUGAGUUUUGGACUUCCAUUGACGUGCUGUGCGUCACGGCCAGCAUCGAGACCCUGUGCGUGAUUGCAGUGGAUCGCUACUUUGCUAUCACAUCACCCUUCAAGUACCAGAGCCUGCUGACCAAGAAUAAGGCCCGGGUGGUCAUUUUGAUGGUGUGGAUCGUGUCGGGCCUUACCUCCUUCUUGCCCAUCCAGAUGCACUGGUACCGGGCCACCCACCAGGAAGCCAUCAACUGCUAUGCCAAGGAGACAUGCUGUGACUUCUUCACGAACCAAGCUUAUGCCAUUGCCUCCUCCAUCGUGUCCUUCUACUUACCCCUGGUGGUCAUGGUCUUCGUCUACUCCAGGGUCUUCCAGGUGGCCCAGAGGCAGCUCCAGAAGAUCGACAGAUCUGAGGGCCGCUUCCAUGCCCAAAACCUCAGCCAAGUGGAGCAGGAUGGGCGGAGUGGGCACGGACACCGCAGGGCCUCCAAGUUCUGCCUGAAGGAACACAAAGCCCUCAAAACUCUGGGCAUCAUCAUGGGCACUUUCACCCUGUGCUGGCUUCCCUUCUUCAUUGUCAACAUAGUGCACGUGAUCCAGGAUAACCUCAUCCCCAAGGAAGUUUACAUCCUCCUAAACUGGGUGGGCUAUGUCAACUCUGCUUUCAAUCCCCUUAUCUACUGCCGGAGCCCGGAUUUCAGGAUUGCCUUCCAGGAGCUUCUCUGCCUGCGCAGGUCUUCCCUGAAGGCCUAUGGGAAUGGCUACUCCAACAACAGUAACAGCAGGACCGACUACACUGGGGAGCACAGUGGAUGUCACCUGGGGCAGGAGAAAGACAGCGAACUGCUGUGUGAGGACCCCCCAGGCACGGAAGGCCUUGCGAACCGUCAAGGUACUGUGCCUAACGAUAGCAUUGAUUCACAAGGGAGGAAUUGUAGUACAAACGACUCACUGCUCUAAGGCAGUUUUUCUACUUUUUAUGAAACCCCCCUUCUCCCAACAAAACACUACACAGACUAUUUAACUUGAGUGUAAUACAUUUAGAAUAAAAUUGUAUAGAGAUGUGCAGAAGGGCAGCCUUCUGCCUUUUUUUAUUUUUUUAAGCUGUAAAAAAAGAGAAAGCAUAUUCGAGUGAUUGUUUCUUGUACAGUUGAGUUCCUUUUUGUGCAUGGAACGUGUCUGUUUGUGUCUGAAGGGCUUCAGUCCCAGAGGACCUGGGGCUGCUCUGUUUUGAUGACUUUUCCGUGCAUCUACCUCAUUGGUCAAGUAUUAGGGGUAAUAUAUAUACAUAUAUAUUGCUGCUGGUAAUUUGUAUGUGAAGGAGUCUUUCCUUCCCGUACCCUUGCACUGGAGGAUCUCGAGUAUCUCGGACCUUUCAGCUGUGAACACGGACUCGCCCCGCUCCUCUUAUUUGCUCAAACAGGGUGUUGUAGGCAUGGACUUGAGGGGCAGUUUCAGUUGUGUUCCUGAGCAAAGUCUAAAGUUUACAGUAAAUAAAUUGUUUGACCAUGACUUCAUUGCACCUGUUUCUCCAAAAACCCCUUGAGUGGAGUGUGGUCGCCUCCCCCGCUGGAAACCGCAGGUAACUACUUGUAAUAACUGCCCAGGGACUUAAUACAGAAUGAUACAGGAGUGGCGUGCACUGAUUGCUUUAACCCUUUCCUUUGCCUUUGAAUCUGCUGCUGCAAACCUGUAUCUCUCUUAAGGCCAGUGCCUCGGGGCAGUUCCGCCCGCUGUCAGCAUAGCUUGUCUCGCAGGUCCCAUGGUGAGGAUUCCUUGUUACAGCAGAAACACUGACUCACAGAAACGGAGUUACGGGCCUCUGUUUUGUCCCUCCGUGCGCCCCCGCCACCACCCACCUGCAAGUCCUACUUGUUCACUAGCUGCUCAUGUUAUGAUACAGUGGCUGCCUCUUAUAGUGGAAAUCUUUGUACUGCGUCAGAGUUUGGCAUUUUAAAGAGAAGGAAGACGGUCUUAUGAGCAAGGUCCUCAAACAAAGCCCUUUACCUCCAAGGAAACCUGGAAAGGGCACUGAUCCUAGGGACAGAGCUGGAAAACACCCACCCGACAAAUACCUCAAGACCUCGGAGUGGGAUCGCAGCCCCUCCUCCUCCUUUCCUUCUGUCUCCCCCUCCCCCCAACCCCCGCCCCCGUGCUUCUGACCCUCCUCACUUGGGUAUAGACCCCGACUUCUCAGCUCUGGCACUGUUACCAUGGCGGGCCAGGUGACUCUCCGUAGCGGGGGGGCUGCCCUGUGUGUGGUCAGAGCUGCGGCGGCAUCCCUGUUCUCUCCCCAUCAGAUGCCGGCUGCACCCUCGGAAAAAUGCCAAAGACUCCUCGAGGGGUGAAAUCACCCCCGGCUGAGAACCACAGAGAGAAGCUUCAAAAAUCUAGAUAGAUUGGUAGAUUCUGUCUAAUGCAACUGCUUGAUUUAGGCAGAGCAUCCGAGAGGGACUUUCCACCGUUUGCCCAGUUAGUGACAGCCCUCAAGCCACCCCCCCAUCCAUUCUGCCUUCCGAACUCACCUUCCAGCCACCCCGACACUGACUGUGUUUGGGGGGACGUGCAGUGUUUGGGAGGGCUUAUCCAUGGAGGCGAGGCCUGUGAGUCUACUGUCUUUUUGUGCAGAGGUUCUUAUACCGUGAAGAGGCACAGGAGUUUACAAAAGUAAACACAUUGCUUCUCCCACCCCCUUUCUAUUUUUGCCCGUGGGUCUGAGCCAGAGUUUGGCCCAGGUUUGACUGAGUGGACCGUCCUCCUUGGCAACCGGCAGCCUGGAAAGGGUCAGCCCUCAGGUUCACUGCCACUUCACCCGCUCCUGAAGCUGACUCCACUUCUCCCCUGCUGUCCCAGCCAAGGUCCCCAACCAGAAAAGCACUGGCUUCCUCAGCUUCCUGUCAGCUCAGUGAUGGGUGUCCGGGUGCAGGCUCAGCUCUCAGGGGGAAAGCUAGGUGCCCGAGUUCCUGGAACGUGCCGUGGUGAAUGGGAGAGUGGGUACCCUUCAGCACUUUUACUAGUUCUCCAAGGGCUUCCCUGCCCAUUCUUACAUUCUCCACCUGCUCUGGACCCCCCCACCCAGGGGUGUGGGCCGCUUCUCCAGCUAAUCUUCACCCUCCUGGUGGCCUCACAGGAUCUUGGACUUGCAAGAGCCCAUAGAAAGCACUGGGCAUCCGAGGAGAUGAAAAGUCUGUGAAGGGGAAUGACCUGCCGGAGGUAAGAAGCCAAGGAUGUAAGGGACAGGGUAAUAGCCGGAGAAGCCAGCUGUCAGCUGUUAUUCCAGAAACUGCUGUAUUCCCUCCACUGCCUGGUUAUUGACUUCUGUCCUCACCCUCAAUUGUGGAAGCUUUUCCCUCAGGCUGUCACAUAACAGACUCAGUGGGUGUUCUUAUUGCUCUCAGGUCCUUAGCACAAAAUUCAGGCGAUGACCAAAUAAUGUGCAACAGGGGCAAGAGAAAGAAUUGUUCUUUUACUCUGCACGAGUGUACUAGGAUACCCUCAGCAUUCAGGGGGAAGCUACAAGAUUCCUUAGCCUGCCAGGAAUUUCAAGCCACUCCAGGUAGAAAUUUCAAGUAGAAAAAAAAUGUUGUAAACUUUUCUGUCACCUUUGUAAGUCCCAUGGACAAUAAACAUUAUUUAAAAAAAAAUGUUGUAUAUAUAUAUAUUUUUUUUGCUUAGAGAAGCCUCUAAUGUAAUUUCAGUUAAAAUUCAGGUACAAGGGAGUUUAGCCAUAUUCAUGUUCCUUUGGGAAUCCUUUUAAUAUAAAAACUCUGAUCAAUUUUAAGGGUCUUGACAAACGGAUGUUUCAGGAAGGUCUCAAUCUCUCGCUUUCUGCCCUUUUUUGUUUUGCAAGGGGGAGGGGAAGUAGGCAGGCAUUUGUCCCUGUCCCUCUGUCCCUCCAUUUGCUGACAGAUUGGUUACAUAAGGUUUGUGUUGGAUUCAUCGUCAUAAAGUUUUCUUUGCCUGGACAGCAAGUUCUCAGAGUCUGUCAAAUGAGAACCUUAUCCUGAGAUGCAAGCUGACAGGUGUGCAAAGUAGCAGGCCAGGGUGGGCCUCCUCACUGAGGUCACUCUCAGGGAAAGGAAUCUGGGGAAAAGGGAGCUUUGAAGUAGAACCUGUGGUCACGUGGUACACAGCAUAUUUUUGGUGAAACUACUACCAAGAGAAGCCCAGGCUAGAAUCAGUGAGGAGCAUUUCUGAAGCACCUACUGUGUGCCACGUAGGGGAAUGUGGGUAUGGGCUUCAGUCUCUACCUUCUGUAGCAUAAGAUGAAUAAUACUAAACAGAUCCCUUUUAUGGAAUCAUUCCUGAAUGAUCAGGACAGUGCUAGACACCUUUUUAGCCAUGACAUCAUUUGGACAGCCUUACGAUGUAGGCAAUGUAGUUGUCCUCUCCUACCAGAUGAGACAACAGAGGCUUAGACAACUUUCCAAAGCUGCACAAAGUGGUGAGCUGCAGGGUCAGGACUGGAACUCGGGUCCCCUUGAGCCCAAACCCAUGCAGACCAGGAAGCAGCCCACGGCAGCUCAUCAUCCAUGCCAGACCGAGUGUAAGAACUGGAAACGCAAUACCUCUCAGAGAGAAGAGGGAGGUUGCUGUGGGCUGGGGCAGGAAGGAAUGUGCCCUUCGAAGCAUGUGACUGCAGGGCUGCCGGGGACUGGGACAGGAAACCUAUCACCCAAGUGCCUAGUUUGUUUCUGAGCCUUUGCUUUAUCUUUUCGCUGAGAUUUGGGCAACACUGAAAAGGGACCUGAAACUUUAAAAGGAGCACGGGGUAGAGCAAAAACACAGCCCGCCUCACAUCCAGGUGCAUUCCUUUUUGGUUCUGAAGUUGGGAAGUUCCCAGAAAUGGAGUGGGCCGCUGGGGCCUGAUGGGAAACGUGGCAGGCCAAGGUGGCCCUCUAAGGUGUGCUGUCCAUUUGGAGGAGAGGGUCUUCUGACCGCGGAGAGCAAGGACAGUGAGUGCAUUUGGAACGAGGCUUUUCACUGACAGUAUCAUGUCCACGAAAUUCCACCCUGCGCUAAUCCCUCCUUCAGUGACAGUGCAAAUAUAAUUUGAAGGAGGCAUUUUUGAAAUACCUAAGAAAACAAACUUCCCAAGCACUCUCAAGGGCUUAGGAAAUACUGGUAUCUUAUGAAUAAUAGGAGGCAGAGUGAGGUACAAAGAGGCUUGCUCUGGGAUUCAGGUAACUAGCUUUCAGGUCCCCUCUCGGGCUCUCUUUCUCUCCCUCUCUCUCUUUCUCUCAUGCUGGGUCAUGCAGUUUUCCUCAGCGGACCUCAGUUUACUCCUCCGUAAAAUCAUGAGGCCCAUCAGGUGGUCUCUAAGCUCUCUUCAGGUAUGAAUUUAUAUAGCUAGGAAGAGCCAGGAGACCAUAAUUCUAAUUAGAAUUGAUGACAUUUGUCCUAUAA